CGGCGGCGGCGCGGCGGACACGCCCCCCUCGCCGGUGCUCGGGCUGCCGCGGUGCCCGGCUCGGCGGUGCCGGCGGCCGGGACGGGCGGCACCGGGGCACGGCGGGGCGCGGCGCGGCGGGGCACACGGCGCGGGCUCACCAUGAUCGUGUGUCCCCAGAGCAUGGAGCACCCCCGAGGAAGCCGCUGCCAGCGGCUGCAGGGGCAGGUCGCCAAGGCGUCCGGCGGCGGCGGCGAGGCCGAGCGGCCGCAGCUGCUCUUCGCGAAGGCGCUGGCGAGCCGGGGGCGGCCCGAGGCGGUGGCCCAGCAGAUGGGCUGCCACCCGCGCUACCUCGACAGCUUCCUGCGGACGCAGCACUACCUGCUGCACCUCGACGGCCCGCUGCCCUUCGACUGCCGCCACUACAUCGCCAUCAUGGCGGCGGCGCGGCACCGCUGCCGCUACCUGGUGAACCUGCACGCGCGGCAGUUCCUGCGCGCCGGCGGCGAUGCCCAGUGGCUGCGCGGCCUCGACUCCGUCCCGCCCAAGCUGCGCAACCUCGGCGAGAUCAACAAGGUCCUGGCGCACCGGCCCUGGCUCGUCACCAAGCAGCACAUCGAGAAGCUGCUGAAGAUCAGCGAGCGGAGCUGGUCGCUGGCGGAGCUGGUGCACGCCGUGGUGCUGCUGGCGCACUGCCACGCGCUCGCCAGCUUCGUCUUCGGCUGCGGCUGCGAGCCCGAGGAGGGCCCCGGCGGCCGCGCCACGCCCAAGCCCCUCUCGCCCGGCGCCCGGUGCUUCUGCGAGGCGGCCGGCGGCAACGGCUGCGGCCAGGAGCUGCUGCGCCUCGGCCGCAAGCGGUCGCUGGAUUCCUGCAUGGAGCUGGAUCCUCUCCGGGAGCGGAUCCAGCGGAUCCACCUGGAGACCGAGGGCAGGGAGGAGACGAGGCCGCCGCAGCAGGAGCGAGAGGAAGAUCUCUCCGGGGAGGUCGCCGGCGCCGCCAACCUCGCGUGCUACGUGCAGGACCCCGACUUCGGCUACCAGGACUUUGCCCGGCGCGACGAGGAGCAGACGCAGGUAUUCAGGGUCCAGGACUACUCGUGGGAAGACCACGGCUUCUCGCUGGUGAACCGCCUCUACGCCGACAUCGGGCACCUCCUGGACGAGAAGUUCCGCGUGGUGGCCGGCCUGCAGAGCAGCGCCCUGGCCAAGCGGCAGGGCUGCGAGCCCUCCGUCUUCAAGCGGGGCAUCUGGAACUACAUCCACUGCAUGUUCGGCAUCAGGUACGAUGACUACGACUACGCCGAGGUGAAUCACCUCCUGGAGCGGAUGCUCAAAGUUUACAUUAAAACUGUCACCUGCUACCCAGAGAAGACAAACCUGGAGAUGUUUGACAGGUUCUGGAAGCAAUUCAAGCACAGUGAAAAGGUGCACGUGAACCUGCUGAUCCUGGAGGCGCGGAUGCAGGCCGAGCUGCUCUACGCCCUGCAGGCCAUCACCCAGUACAUGGUCUCGUAGGCGGCGGGGAGCCGCGCCGCGGCCGGGCCCGGCGCAUCCUCUCCCGCGGUGCCGGGACGGACGGCGAGGGGUUGCUCCCUUUACUCUGACUGUCUCGUUCCCUUCUUUAUUCCCCCCCCCCUUCUCCUUGUGGGGCACGCCGAGGGGCCCCGUUAACGUGCAAUUACCAAACUGUGAGGCCAGUCCGUGCUGCUGGUGCGAUGCUGGAGCCCCGGAGGCGGCCGAGGAGGCCCGCCGAAGCCGCAGGGGCACGGCGAGCCCUGCCUCGCGUCCUGCCUCGCGCCCUGCCGCGGGGCUCUACGUGCCAACCCCCCCGGGGCCGCAGCGCUGCGCUGGCCGCGGCGGCGUGAGCGGGCUCCGGCGGCGGCCGGGCGCUGGAGGCUGCGGCGGGGAGGCCGUGCCUCCCCGUGCGCCCAGGCACUUGCUGCUUAAAAUAGUGAUGGGGGAACCUGGGGUCAGCACCCACGAGCUGAGGGACCCUUCACCCCCCUCCGGCCUUGGCCGGGGGGUCCCUGGGGGUACAGAUGCAGCUGGGAGUCCCCACGCUGGAGAAGAGGGAGGGCUGGGGCCACCCCCAGCCGUGGGGAGGCCGGAGCAAGGACAGCCGUGGGCGCCUGGUGCACGCUGCUUCAGUCAACCUGUUUACUGCGUAAAUGUACGGGGAAAGAAAAACCUUGUGUAUGGAAGCUACAGAAAAAGCCUAUUUUUGCUAUAAAUAUAUUAUGUUUGA